CUUGUUGUGUGUGCUACUGUAUUCGACUUUUUUUUAUUUCUGCUCCUCAAAGAAGAUAAACAUGGAUCUCGUGAACAUUGCAGAAAGCAGCAGCGCACAAUUUGUUCAACUAUUCUAUCAAAAUUAUGACAACCAGCGUAACCUACUAGGUAAUCUUUACCGAGAAGAUUCAGCGAUCGUAUGGAACGGCAAUGCGAUUGCCGGAGCAUCACAGUUUUCCGAGUUUUUGAGUCGAUUACCAGCCUCACAGCACGAAGUUGCUGCUUAUGAUUGCCAACCGAUCGCUGCAACAAUGAACGCACAAGGAGCAUGUGGAAUUCUGAUAAACGUACACGGUGAUGUAAAGUAUGGUGACAGCCCUGGAAAAAAAUCGUUUUCGCAGACGUUUACGCUGAUGCCGGUUGAAGGCCAGGCCACAAGCUUCUUCAUCCAAAGCGAUGUGUUCCGACACGUAUAAAUCCUUUUGAAAUCAUACCAAGUUCUCGCUCUCUCCCGAUCCCUCACCGUUCAUCAUAAUCAUCCAAGAAAAAAAUCAAAGACAGAUUUCUGUACAAGCAAUAGUUA